AUGGCUACCAAAGCAUUCGCAAUCAUUGCCGGAGUCGGCCCCGGCACGGGCGCGUCCAUCGCCAGACGUUUUGCCAAGGCAUAUUCCGUGGUGGUGCUUGCUCGCAACCCCGCGAAUUUCGAGCCGCUUGUGCAGGAGAUCAACGCCGCGGGCGGCCAGGCAUUCGGCAUCAGCACCGACCUGUCCGAUACGGCCAGUGUCAAGUCUGCCUUCGACAAGAUCUCCCAGCAGUAUUCCGGCAUUCCGCUGGCAGCGGCUGUGUUCAACCCCUCGGGGGGGUUCAUCCGCAAGCCGUUCCUCGAACUCACCGAGGAGGAGUUCUCCCAAGCGUUUGACAACCAGGGGUUGGGGGGCUUCAACUUCUCCAAAGGCGCCUUGCCUCUUCUCCUUCAAGCGAAGGGCUUGCCGCACCCGCCUACCCUGAUCUUCACCGGCGCCACAGCCAGUCUCAAGGGGUCCGCGAACUUCGCGGCCUUCGCGGCGGGCAAGUUUGCGCUACGAGCGUUGGCGCAGUCCCUGGCUCGAGAGUACGGACCGAAGGGCGUACAUGUGUCGCACGUUAUCAUCGACGGGGUCAUCGACAUUCCCAGAACGAAGGCCUGGACGUUCGAGCAUGAAGAUGCUAAGCUGGACCCUGAAGCAAUUGCCGAGUCAUACUGGCAUCUGCACACGCAGCCACGCACAACAUUUGGCUUCGAGCUGGAUCUUCGGCCAUAUGUAGAGAAAUGGUGA